UGCUGACGCUCAUUCCUCGCCCGGCCCGCAAGCGAAGCACUCUCGUUCCGCCGCAGCGCUGCCACUAGCCGCGUGUUCUCGCCACCGCCGUCCUCCGCCCUGACUCACGAGGGCACCCUUUUCACGCGCAGACCUGUCGCACCCUCCGAAACUGAGUUCGUUCAGUACCUCGCGGCCCUUAUUUGUUGGCUUUGGAAUUGACAGAGCUCGCAAUAGUGGCCGGCGUAUGGAGCCAAAGCUUCUGCAGAGCAGCAUCAAGGAGGAAGCCCCGGAGAGGCCCCCACAGCAGCCGAGUCCAGCCCAAAAGGCCAGGAGCUCGCCCCCGGCCACCGACGCCCCAAGACCUGCCAGAGCCUCUUCCAAAGGAUCCACGAAGGAGGCUCCGGAUAGUCCUGAGGGCGCCCAGCAGCCUCAAAUCGUCAACCUCGCCGGCAACACCACCCAGUCCAGUUCAACGAGUAGCGAGAGUUGCGCGAGCAAGAGCUCACCGCCGGCCAUGGGCGUCGUAAACGGAUCCAACAACAGAGAUUUUCCAUCGUCACCUCCAGCGUCCCUAAAUGGAAGCGGCGGCAGCCCUUCUCCUCCGGGAGCUGCCCCAAUUGCCGUGCCGAUUAGCUCUGGUUCCACUAGUCAAGCGCAGCUGCUGGAGGCGCGGCAAUUGGCCAAAAUGCGAAGAUUUUUAACCACCAUCGUGCAGUUUGGGUCCGACAUAUCACCAGAAACAGGAGAACGAGUUAAGUCUCUGGUGCUGGCUUUAGUGAGCAACACGCUGGGCGUAGAGGAGUUUCAGCGGGCCCUGCAAGCCGCCUUCAACUUUCCUUUGAGGCCGUUCGUCCUUCCGUUUUUGCGGGCCGGUAUCCCCACCAUGCAAAGGGAAGUAGCAGCGCUCGCGAGAAUCGCCAAACAGAGUCCCCAGCAGUAUCUACGCCAGCACGAACAAAUGGUCUUGGACCCUUCCUUCUCGCCGUCGGAGCCGUCCGAAAUCUUCCACUCGCUGGGCGAGCACCAUCCAGAGCCGGCGUUUGCCUCGAAACGACCCCGCGAAAGUUAUUACGAAAACGGUGUGAGCGAUUCCGAGUAUGCACCAGCCGCCAAGCGAUAUCUCAGCUACUCCGGGCAAAGCAGCAGCGCUUUCUUCGCCAAUCACCCUCACCACAUGGUGCUGCACCCGACAGGUCACCCGUCCGACUUGGUGGCCAGGGGAUCCAUGUUGGGGGCGACGCAAACACCCUCCACCUCUACCCACUACAACCCUUUCUUGACGGCCACCGCUUCGGGACAAAGUUCAGUCGCAGCUGACGACACAAGGGGAAGGUGCGGCGAUGAUGAGUGGAAGAACAUCCACGUUAUGCUGAACUGCAUACUGAGCAUGGUUGAAAAAACAAAGCGCGCCCUGGCCAUCCUGCAGCAGAGGCCGCAGACUGAAUCUGCAAACUCGGACAUACCGGCAACGUGGAUGCGGAAGCACCCGUCCGACACGGCUGAGCAGAGUGACAUCAAGAAGGCCGCCAGCGAAAUCAUGGCCCAAACGGUGAAAGCCACGGAGGAAAGGGUGGCCGAGGUGAAGCGUCGAGCGGAGGAGGCCGUGAACGAAGUGAAAAGACAGGCGUUGCUGGAGCUGCACAGGGCAGUGACAGCGGCUGAAACCAAAGCAGCAGAGUUGGUGGCCGCGGAGCGACUUAGAAUGGAAAAGUUGUUGCUCGAGGCGCGGAAGCACGCAGAAGAAGCGCCGAGUACGUCAGAGGCAGGCUCGGAAAUAAGUGGAAAUUGUUGGAAUUGCGGUCGCAAGGCGAACGAGACCUGCAGUGGAUGCAACACUGCACGCUACUGCGGCUCCUUCUGCCAGCACAAAGACUGGGAGAACCACCACCAGGCGUGCAGCAUCACCGCCGAGAAGAACUCGUCGGUGCCCAAGAGCACGGCCAGCCUGAAGGUGGCCUCUGUCAACCUGACGGCAACUGCGGCUGACGGCAAAUGACGCUUGAGACUUGGUCGGCCCAAGACUGCGGCCCAGCAGCAGUGACUUUGAUCGACUCAAGAUCGUCUCUAGUCCCGUUAGCAAUCCCAGUGAGACGGGAAAUUUUUAACCAAAGCAUUUUAUUAAAUUUCCUUGUUUAUCUUAACCAUUCGGGAGUUCCUAGAGUGAGUUUCCAUUUCUCUGGGGAGUUUGUACGUUUUAUUAAUUAUUUCUAGAACAUCAUCUGACGCGAUAGCAUGGGUUAGAUCUUUCUAGAAAUAUUUUGUGAUUGAAAAAUCUCCCAGCGGCACAAAAUUUUAUUUUCUUGAGUAAUACUGUCAACUCAUUUGCACUGAAGUUAAUAAAUAUGUGUAGUUAUCUUGUUACUCAUGCUCAAUUGAUAAUAAUAUUUAAUGUUACUUGUACAAAGUCACUCUAUUGACCACAAACUCAAAUCAAGUCAUUUUCAGCAAACCAUCUCUGUCCAACACCUUAGAGAAGCAUACAUUUGUUAAGCUACAAUAAUUAUCAAUGUAUCACUGCAAAGAUUUCCCCAACUACGUACACCUAGUCACCAAGUCCAUCCUAUAUCAUAAUUUAUGAUUUUUCCAGUUGGCGUUACUUUGUUGCUAGUUAUCCAUGUUGAUUAUAAAAAUCUCAAAAUACAUAAGAUUAUAUAUGAUAAAAAACGUCACUAUUGAUGCACUAAAUGUUCCAAUAUAAAUGUGAAGCAUUAUUUUCCAAUGAAAUAAUGUAAAAACGUUUUACCUCUCUCCAGUUAAGCACGUAAUCUUAUGUAAGGGCAAGUGUGAAUAAAAAUUGACACCUCAGCACUA